AUGGCUGAUAUUCAGAACAUUUCGCUAGACAGCCCGGGGAGUAUGGGGGCUGUGGCAGUGCCCGUGGUCUUUGCCCUCAUCUUCCUGCUGGGCACGGUGGGCAACGGGCUGGUCCUGGCAGUGCUGCUGCAGCCUGGCCCAAGUGCCUGGCAGGAGCCGGGCAGCACGACGGAUCUAUUCAUCCUCAACCUGGCCGCGGCUGACCUCUGCUUCAUCCUGUGCUGCGUGCCUUUCCAGGCCGCCAUCUACACGCUGGACGCCUGGCUCUUCGGGGCCCUGGUUUGUAAGGCUGUGCAUCUGCUCAUCUACCUCACCAUGUACGCCAGCAGCUUCACCCUGGCGGCUGUCUCAGUGGACAGGUACCUGGCCGUGCGGCACCCCCUGCGCUCGCGGGCCCUGCGCACGCCGCGCAACGCCCGCGCCGCCGUGGGCCUGGUCUGGCUGCUGGCGGCGCUCUUCUCGGCGCCCUACCUCAGCUACUACGGCACAGUGCGCUACGGCGCGCUUGAGCUCUGCGUGCCCGCCUGGGAGGACGCGCGCCGCCGCGCCCUCGACGUGGCCACCUUCGCCGCCGGCUACCUGCUGCCCGUGGCCGUGGUGAGCCUGGCCUACGGGCGCACGCUGCGCUUCCUGUGGGCAGCCGUGGGCCCCGCGGGCGCGGCGGCGGCCGAGGCCCGGCGCAGAGCCACGGGCCGCGCGGGGCGCGUCAUGCUGGCGGUGGCGGCGCUCUACGCCCUCUGCUGGGGCCCGCACCACGCGCUCAUCCUCUGCUUCUGGUACGGCCGCUUCGCCUUCAGCCCGGCCACCUACGCCUGCCGCCUGGCCUCGCACUGCCUCGCCUACGCCAACUCCUGCCUCAACCCGCUCGUCUACGCGCUCGCCUCCCGCCACUUCCGCGCCCGCCUCCGCCGCCUGUGGCCCUGCGGCCGCCGCCGCCCCCGCGCCCGCUGCCCCCCGGGUGGUGCCCGCCGCGCCCUUCGUCGCGUCCGCCCGGGAUCCCCGGGCCCCGCCGGCUGCUCCGGGAACGCCCGGCCUCGCGGGAGGCUGCCGGUGGGCUGCGACUGGGGCGGGGAGCGGGGUCCAGAGCCCGCAGGUGGUGGAGAGGCGUCCAGGGUCCUACAUGCCAGAGGACCAGAAUAAAC